AGCGUUGGCAUGCUUUAUUGUAUGUUUGGCUUUUGCUUCGUAUUAAUAUAUCGUGUUCGAACUUCUGGGUUGUAUGUCAUUGCACUUUUGGCUGUUUUCAGUAACAUUGCUGCGAUGCUGCCUAAACUCAUGCCGUUCACGUUCACAUUUUGUAAAUCCGCAUAUAGUCAGUCACGACAGUUUGCGACGCGUCGUUCGAGGCUCUUUUACGAGCGUUUUUUAUCCACAGACACAACGGCCUGUUCAACGUGUCCGCUCGAAAAGAGCCUGCGAACUUGCUCACUCGUAUUCCGGUGCACUUGUAUUGGUGCGCUUUUUGGUAUUGCAUGUAUUGUAAAUAUAAUAUUCGUUCGUAAAAAGUGCGCGCAUUCCAGAACUUUGUUUUGCAGCUGCACACAUCGAUCUCAUUGGCCACAGCGAUGCAUAAACGUGACGACAACACAGGGUGUAGCAACGGCACAUAGGUUCGUUCGUUUAGUUUUUUCUUUGCAAAAAUUUAAGCUCCGAAGUUUCUUCUUCUUCUUCUCGAUUCGGCGGAGGUCGUCUUCUGCUGGACAAUUCACAGGGGAAAAAAUCAAAAACUUGCUCUGCGCUGCGCGGAUCAGGGAAAAAAUUUCAGAUCCAUUGUUUCCGUUGUUUGAUUCUGCACCGGCACUUUGUGAUCACUUGGUCAGACGGCAUUCAGUUUGUACCUUGAGUAGUUUGAUAAUUAGAUUUUGAGGUUAACUUUCUCGCUCAAGCACUGACUAGACACAAGGAUUUCAUAAGGGAAUUUGUGACAACAGAAUCUUCGGGCACAAUCCUCUUGGUCUCGAAGGACUCGUUUCUCGUGGCUUGAUAUAAUAUCCCCAAGUGCUAGAUAAAACAUGGCUCCAAAUGCUGUUGGAGAAGUUAUCGCAGUAUCACCAAAAUUUAAGUGGGUCAUUGACAACUUUUGUAUCGGCUGCGAAAGUGUUGGGACAUAUUUGCAAUCGCCGAUAUUUACAACAACGAAUGCCAACAGAAAUAUUCAGUUCUAUCUAAGGUUGUACCCAAAAGGUGUAAUGGAAGAGUGCAAAGAUUUUUUGUCACUCUUCCUAUAUGUUGAAGGAGAGAUAACAGCUGAUAUUACUUUUGAUAUUCUUAAUAGUAAAGGUGAAACUGUACACACAGUAACAUUUAAAAACAAAAACUUUAGUAAUACCAAUUGGGGGUAUAACAAAUUUAUAGAAAGAAAACUCAUUCUAAACGCAGAAACGGACGUUGAGAGAAUAAUAAUUGCAUGCACAUGUGAAAUAACUUCUUGGCAAAAUAGUAAAGAAGUGGAUAAGGAGUCAAUAUCAGAAGAAAAAGCUGAUAAUGUUUCACAGCGACUAGCAGAAAUCGACAAAUACGAGAAUCUGAUUAAUGACAGUAAAUUUAGUGACGUGUCUCUUGUUUCAGAAGGUAUAUCAAUGAAAGUGCUUAAAUGUAUACUCGCAAAGAGUAGCCCCGUAUUUGCUGCUAUGUUCAAUACUAACAUGAUGGAAAAGCAAAACAACACUGUGGAAAUUACAGAUAUUACAUAUGACACACUCAUGGAAAUGAUUCGGUUUGCUUACACUGGAAAGAUUAACAACAUUGAUGCAAUAGCUUGUAGACUAGCAGUAGCAGCGGAUAAAUAUGCAAUGCAUGGACUGAAAAGCAUCUGUGAGAAAACAAUGUGUAGAAAUGUAAGCAGCACAAAUGUUCUGCCAUUUCUUGAACUUGCAGACAGGUAUCAAAUGGAUGACUUGAAGAAGAAGGCAAUUGAAAUCAUUGUUAGACACGCGGAUAAUGUGACUAAUCAACCAGAGUUUAACUUAUUACCUUCUAUUCUUUGGGGCGAAAUAUGUCGUGCAUUGGUAUUGAAAAAGAAACAGUGAAAUUUAUGCCUGGCAGUACUUCUUUUGUUGCAAUGUUCCUAAAUUUUCAUCUCCUAUUCUUUUUUGAGUGACAUAUGCUGCGUUUUAGCGAUAAAUAUUUGUCAUUAUACUGCUUUUGUUGCAAAAUGACUCUUUGUUUGCUUUACUGUACUUGUAUGAAAGAAAUUUGUCGUUAGGGUUGACUUUUGUACUUGAUAGGAAUAAAUUUCUUUCCUCAA